AUGGGCCCGUCUCUGCGAGAGAACGCGACGCUAGAGCGUCCGGCCGGGCUCGGCAGCCCUUCGCGCGACCCGGCGGCCGCGCGCUCCCCGCGCGCCGCACUCCGGGCCCGCCGGGCCCUCAGCCGCUGGCCGCGCGCCCUUCCGGCUGUCAGGCCCGCCGGGGCGCCCGCUCGGGGACGCGCGCUGGCCCCACGCCGCGCCCCCGGCCCCUCGCGCGCGCGGGAGACGGGCGCACGCUCGGCCCCGCCCCCCGCGCCGCGGGCUCACGCCGAGCUCCCCGCGCCGCCUGAGGUCUGGAGAAUCGAAACCCGGGGGAGCUCGCCCUGUCCCUCGCGCGCGCCGCCUGACCGGCAAGGGGAAGUGGGCGCCUUAGUUUUCGCCGAGGCCGGGUUUAUUAACGGAAUACGAGUACAAGCACAAGAGUGCACACUCACACCCGCCGCCGGCCUCGCGCUCCGGGACCGGCCACCGCAGCCUUUCAGCUCCGCGGGGCUCGGCCAGCUGGGCGGGCGGGCGGGGGCGGUGCCCUAUGCAGAUGAGGAGGGUGUGGCGAUUCGUGCGGCGCCGGGCCCCGGAAGCGCCCAGAGGACCUCGUAUAAAAAAAGUACUGAGGCCGUUUCUGCCGCACAACUGCUAAAGCUCCAGAGACAGGAACGUGUGCGGCGGCGGCGGCGGCAGCAGGAGCCGCCACCUCCGGGACCACCGCGACUCAGGCGGCGCGGGCGGGGGUGA